GUGAGGACUCUAGUGAAAGGCACCAAAAUCCAACCACAUCAAUAGCCAUGAAAACCACACUCUCACUCUCUCCUUUACUUCUCUUCCUACUCUUCUCCCUAGUCCAAGGACUCACCCCCAAAUGUGACACCCAAGACCAUGGCUCAACCCUUGAAGUUUUCCAUGUGUUCAGCCCAUGUUCCCCAUUUAGGCCAUCAAAGCCACUCUCAUGGGCAGAGAGUGUCCUCCAGCUGCAGGCCAAGGACCAAGCCAGGCUACAGUUCCUGGCUAGCAUGGUGGCUGGGAGGUCAAUUGUGCCCAUUGCCUCAGGAAGGCAAAUUAUUCAAAGCCCAACUUACAUUGUGAGGGCCAAAAUAGGGACCCCACCACAAACCUUGCUCUUGGCCAUAGACACUAGCAAUGAUGCUGCUUGGAUCCCUUGCACUGCCUGUGAUGGCUGCACUUCAACCCUUUUUGCUCCUGAAAAGUCCACCACUUUCAAGAAUGUUAGCUGUGGCUCUCCUGAAUGCAAUAAGGUACCUAGCCCCAGUUGCGGAACAAGCGCGUGCACCUUCAACUUGACCUAUGGUAGCUCCUCAAUAGCUGCUAAUGUGGUCCAAGACACUGUUACUCUAGCCACUGACCCUAUUCCUGGGUACACCUUUGGGUGUGUUGCAAAGACUACUGGGCCCAGUACACCACCACAGGGGCUAUUGGGCUUGGGCCGAGGCCCAUUGUCAUUGUUGUCCCAGACCCAAAACCUCUACCAGUCCACAUUCUCUUACUGCUUGCCCAGCUUUAAAUCACUUAACUUCUCUGGGUCACUGAGACUUGGGCCUGUGGCCCAGCCCAUAAGGAUCAAGUAUACCCCUCUUCUCAAGAAUCCUAGAAGAUCUUCCCUCUAUUAUGUGAACUUGUUUGCAAUUAGGGUUGGCCGGAAAAUUGUCGAUAUUCCUCCAGCAGCGUUGGCGUUCAAUGCGGCCACCGGAGCCGGCACCGUCUUUGAUUCUGGCACGGUCUUCACCAGGCUAGUUGCACCGGUAUACACGGCUGUCCGGGACGAGUUCCGGCGAAGAGUGGCGAUGGCGGCAAAGGCAAACCUAACAGUGACAUCCCUAGGAGGCUUUGACACAUGCUACACAGUCCCAAUAGUUGCACCCACCAUCACAUUCAUGUUCUCAGGCAUGAACGUGACGCUGCCACAGGACAACAUUCUCAUACACAGCACUGCUGGCAGCACCUCAUGCUUGGCCAUGGCUUCGGCUCCUGAUAACGUGAACUCAGUGCUCAAUGUCAUUGCCAACAUGCAGCAACAAAACCACCGUGUGCUCUAUGACGUGCCCAAUUCAAGGCUUGGAGUUGCUCGUGAACUUUGCACCAAAUAAUUAAAAAUGGUUAAUUAACACCUAAGUUGUCUUGACUUUGGAGACAAUGAUAUUGUCAAAUUAAUUUGACUAUUAUUGCAAAGUCUUUUGGGUAUUGAUAUUUCUUCUAUAUUGGUGAGUUUGGUUUUAGGGUAAUGGGAAUAAUAAGGUUUCAUUGCUAACUAUAUAUAGUGGAAGAUUUUGGGCUAUUAUUUAUGUUAUGGAAUUAAAUUUGUGCCUAAAGUUUAAUCGUAUUUAUAGCUUUGUAAUGGGGGUGUGUCACGGCUUUAUAUGUCUGUAGCUCUUUUGUCUUUUUAUUCAAGUUGAUUGAAUUGAUGAGAUUUCAGUAUUUGGAUAAUCUUGCAAGUUCACGGGUCAUCAUGUAAUAAAUUUCUUAUUCUUCGCUCUUUAACGAAUAUGGGCGUCUAUGUUUUCUUUC